UUCCUAUGUCCUAAGUCUCUGAGUUAUUUCAUUGCAGCGCACUCAAGUUCUCCAUUGAAGCGCACUCAACGUUCUCCAUCGAAGCGUUCUCCGUUGAAUCUAAUUCUUGUAUCCCCCAUUGAAGCAGCUUCUAAGGCAUUUGUGAAUUAUAAUAUGGAAUGAGCUAUAUGAUGCCGAUUUCAUCACAUUUAUUCAAGAUUCUGAGGCAUGCGUUAUCACCAUGUUUGUAGGUGAUUGCAAAUGUUCUGUAUGGAUACUUCAUAUACGUGUCUACAAGGCAUUAUAGUUGGUACAUAUGAUGAAAGUGUAUCAUCGGUUGAUUUUACUUGCUGCUUCAAACAUUACGAAGUCUGCAGCAGUAGUCCACAAUGUACAUAUCUGUAAAUCUUCCUACAGAACUUAUUGGGAAACCAAUGUGUGCGGUAGACAAUUUAAUGUUGCGUGUCUCAGUCAUUUUUGUACUAGAACUGAGCAAGAUGAGCUGUGUUGGGAAGGUCCUAACCAUGAUAUUAUGCUGAAAAGGCUUGAAAGUGCACUGUUGGAUUGCAAAGAUUAUGAGGCAUGGCCAAUCUUUAGCAAGUUUACGAGUUUGUAUGGUUUUCCUCCACCUGCUAUUUUGAGUAAGCUGAUCUCUGGACUUUCCUACUCAUCUGAUCACAGCUCACUUCCUAAAGCGUGCAAUUUAAUAUUUAAAGUUGCAAAAGAAAAUUCUGAAUUACUUGAGCAUGAUAGCUUGUCUAGGCUUUGCCUUUCUCUUGUCAGAGCGCAGAUGCCUGUACUUGCAUCGAAAGUACUCAGACUCAUGGUGCAGAGAAAUUGUGUUCCCCCAGUGGAUGUGCUGUGUUCUGUGUUUAUGCAUAUGGUGAAGACUGAGGCUGGCACAUGUCUGGCAUCUAAUAUCCUUCUUGAAAUUUGUGACCAUUUCCAUUAUCUUACAGAAAAGAGAUCUGAAUGUGCCAUGUCUAUGAAACCUAGUACUACAAUCUUCAACCUUAUUCUGGAGGCUUGUGUGAGAUCUGGAUCAUCGCUGAAAGGGCAACAGAUAAUAGAAGCAAUGGCACGAAUAAGAGCAGUAGCUGAUGUACACUCUGUUCUUCUAUUCACUUACACUUAUGAAAUGAAUGGUCUGAGGGACGAGUUGAAGAAGCUCAAAGAGUAUGUAGAUCAAGUUUCAUUGCCACUUGCUCGGCAUUAUGUUCACUUCUAUGACAAGCUUUUGAGCUUGCAUUAUGAUUUUGAUGAUAUUGAUGCUGCUGCCAGCCUGGUAACUGAUAUUUAUCUUCUCUGGGGGUCACGUCCUCUGCAUCCAAACGAGGAACUGAUGAAGCCAUGUAAAGUGCCUAUUGGCUCCCCAUAUUUGAAAGAAGGUUUGAAAGUUCAAGUUAUGUUUGAGCUGCUGCAGAAAGAUUUUGUCGUACAUGUGAAAGGCCAAGAGGAGUAUGUAGCAUUAAAGAAUGGAAAACUUAUUCUUACUAGUAAAGGCUUGGCACGACUAAUUGUUAAAUACAAGAGAAGAGGGAGAAUUACUGAAUUUUCUAAACUUUUAGUUGCAAUGCAAAAAAAUAUGGGUACAGCUCAAGAAGAAAAUCUUUGCUGUGAUGUAAUUCAUGCAUGCAUUGAUUCUGGUUGCCUUGAGACUGCUCAUGAUAUAUUGGAUGAUAUGGAUAUGGCCAACAUGGCUGUUCCCACCUCAACAUAUAUGUUACUGUUGAAUGCCUAUCGCGAAGAAAAUAUGUCCAAGGAAGCGGAAGCUCUUGUGAAACAAAUUAAAAGGACUGGUUUGCUCAUUGAUGCAUCUGAUGAAAUAAUGGUAUCUAAAUGUAUUUCAGGAGUAGUACAUGGAAGUGUGGUUGAACCAAAUACCAGUAGGCAAUCAGAAUUAACUGAAUUUCUGAUUGUAGAAAUGAAAUGGGGUUAUAAUAAAGCUCCAUCUAAAGUUUAUGAGCUUAAUUCUUCUAUGUAUUUCUUUUGCAAGGCCAAAAUGAUGGAGGAUGCUCAGACGACAUACAGAAAAAUGCAAGAGUUAAAGAUCCAGCCCACAGUGCAAACUUUUGCUCACUUGGUACAAGGCUACUUAUCUUUGGAAAUGUAUCGGGAAAUCACCAUCUUGUGGGGUGACAUCAAAAGGUUUAUGGAUCAUGGAUGUUCACUCGCAAACAGGGAUUUGUAUGAGUUACUGCUGUUAAAUUUUCUUCGGGGAGGCUACUUUGAAAGAGUAAUGGAAAUUCUUCACCAUAUGAAGGAGCACAGUAUGUAUGCUGAUAGAUGGAUGUAUAAUCAGGAGUUCAUUAGGCUUCAUAAGAAUCUUUACAGAAAAUUGAAGGCCAUGGAUGUUAGAACUGAAGCACAGAGAUUGAGGCUUGAGCAUGUUAAGGCCUUCAGGAAGUGGGUUCGCAAUAACUGAACCAGUGUUGGAGCUAUCAAAUUGGUUGAUAGAAAGGGAGGCACCCUAACUCUUGGUGUGUAAUUAAUCAAGCCAACAGGUAGAAAGAGAUUCAAAGUGAAUGCCAGAGACUUCACUGAAUGAACUGAAGCUAGCCACUUUGGCCAUUGACUAAAUGCUGAAAGCAAUAAUUAGGCAAAUGGCAAAAAAAAAAAAAUAUCAGCAGGAUCUGUAUAGAGGUGGGUGAUAGCCUUUUGAGCUUCUAGCUAUCCUGCUCGUUGAAUAAGUGGAAAUACAUGCAGGCACACUCAGAAGCAAGAACAGUACCACAGAACCUGUUUGAUUCAGUACAAGCUCGCUCUCGGAUACUUGGCUUAAAUAAUACGAAGUACAACAUAAUGGAUAAACUGAAGACGUUGAGGUUGAGGUUGAGCUUGACAUGAUUUGGUUGGUGAACUUGAAUUAGUCAAUAUUCAAAUCAAACUCUAAGUUGAGAUCACAAUGGCAUCAAAAUCUGCUAGUUUGACUUUGGAAUUUUACCUGAGGUUUAUGAGCCAAUGUAGCUUGUAUUUUCAUCCAUUUAAUCUACAAGGAAGUCCAACAGCUUACGUAAGCGAUUGAGCUAUGAGCAAAACUUAGCACAUGUAGAAUUGUGUAUGAUUUUGAGUAGUUAGAUUAUCUCAUUAGCAGUUGAGUUGAAAAAA